AAAAAGACAUGAAGGAUUCAGGCCCACUCUGUACAGUAUCUUCUAUUUGUUAUUGAUGUCCUGCUAUUGUGGAAGUAAUUUGUUUAUUUCUGUAACUUUCAUGCAGAUAAAACAUAUCGAGCAGCUAAUGAAAUGCAAUUUAAUGUAUGAAAAGUCAAUUUUACCUUUAGCCUUAUACUGUGUUACUCUGCUGAAGUGUAAAUAAAUUGCAUUAUUCAUUCACUUACAUCAUUAUUAACUGUGUUUAAGCAUAAAACAUUUCUACAACAUUGUCAAUAAAAAUGUGAUUUUUUUUUUCAUGUUGUUAUUACAGGUUAUGGCCUCAGUGUGGACCAAAGUUGAGAGCAGUUAAACCAAAGAGUGAUUUAUCUAUCUGUCAUUGUUUUAUUUUAAGGGUUUUGGAGGCUUAAAUGGGUGAAAGUGCCCAGUAUUUUACAGGAACAAACACAAAAUAUGAAACAUUUACAUUUGUGUGAAUUUGGAGUAGUGUAGGUUGGGAACCACUACUCUAAACUAAGUGUUGCAGAAUUUUGUUCUGAAAUGAAUUAUUCAGAUUGUAUUUUUAGCUGUGGUUUUCAGUUUGGGAUUUUGGAUUAUAUUGCGUGUGCACUGGAUGCUCAAUUUAAUUCACACUAUGGUUAAACAGCAGCUUUCACAUCCGCCUGACCCCUCCCUUUUUCAGUACGUUAUAACGCACAGCCCUCCGAUUGGCUGUUUUCUUCGUGGCCUGGCAACCAGAAGAGGCUUUACCAAACAGAUAGAUACCCCAUCGGCAAGCAUUCGAGCUAGCUACAAUCGUUAGCUACCGCUGUUAUCUGUAGACAUUCGGCCGUCCAAAUACCAUCAUGUCUUCAAGGACUCUGCCGCUGCUCUUCAUCAACCUCGGUGGGGAGAUGCUGUACAUCUUGGACCAGCGGCUUCGAGCUCAGAAUAUCCCUGCUGACAAAGCUAAGAAAGUUUCCUCAAUAGCUGGCUGGAUAGAGGAGGACAGAAAGAGAGUUAUGAAUGACAUCAUCACCACCAUGUUCAACAAAAAGUUCCUGGAGGAGCUUUUCAAGCCACAGGAGCUUUACUCCAAGAAGGCCCUGCGGACUGUGUUCGAUAGGCUGGCCCAUGCCUCCAUAAUGAGACUCAAUCAAGCUAGCAUGGACAAGCUCUAUGACUUGAUGACCAUGGCAUUCAAGUACCAGGUACUCCUGUGUCCCCGGCCAAAGGACAUCCUCCUAGUGUCCUUCAACCACAUGGAUGCAAUCAAGGACUUUGUGAAAGACACUCCCAGCAUUCUCAGUCAGGUUGAUGAGACAUACCGACAGCUCAUAGAGAUGUAUACACCCUUGUCUAGUGGUGACUUCCAGCUGAUUAGACAAACUCUUCUAAUCUUCUUCCAAGACAUGCAUAUAAGGGUGUCUAUUUUCCUGAAGGACAAAGUACAGAACUCUAAUGGCCGCUUUGUACUUCCCACCAGUGGUCCUGUGCCUCAUGGAACACAAGUUCCUGGGCUGAUAAGGAUGUUUAGCUGCACUGGUGAAGAGGUGAACAGGCUGCAGUUCAACAAUGGAGGAAGCUACACCUCUGCCACCCGGGAAGGAUCUUUUGAGAUAUUUGGAGACAGGGUCACCAAACUAGGCACAAACAUGUACAGUGUUAGCCGUCCUGUGGAAACCCACAUGUCAGGAACGUCAAAAAAUUCUGCUCAGCACACGAAGGUCAAUGCUGCUCCCAACCCUCUGGCCAAAGAGGAGCUGAAUCUGUUGGCCAAGUUAAUGGGAGGGUUAGAAGUUCAGAAACCAGGAAACGCAGACAGCGGUUUCCGAGUCAACCUCUUUGCCACCGAUGAGGAAGAAGAAGAAGCAUUAAUAUCAAGACCAGAUGAGCUUUCAUAUGGAGUAAUAAACAUCCAAGCAACAAAGGGCAAUGCUGAGCUGGCCAAGAUCAUGGGAGAGUUCACAGAGUCUGGAGACCAAUCUCCCAGUGCUAGCAGCAAAGGAGACGACCUUCUGGCCAUGAUGGAUGGUCUGUGACAUGUCACCCAGACAGAAAUGCCCAGGGGGUGGGGCACAAUGCAUUGUCAGCAGUCCGCUCUACUGUAGACCAGUCUGUUGUCUGUACCUGCACAAACACUGCAGCAACCUCACAUGCAGCCGGAGAACCUUCUUCCUUUGGGUGCUUUUCAAAUGCAGAUGUGAGCAGGUGUUUCCAUUGGUUGUCAAAUGACCAACUGCAAAUUUGCAUAGUUAACAAAAAAGAAUGUGUCAUGAACCAAGCUUUGAGUUGUAAUACACUGUAAUAGUAUGUUUGCUGUAAACUGAGAAGAGUUUCAGUGCAUCAAAAUACACAGUAGACCUAUAUCAGUGUGUUGAAUAUACAGUAUGUGUGUGGUGAUAGCAAAACAUCUGUUUGUUUAAUGUCAAGAUGUUGCAUUUUUAAAAUCUAAUUCAGACUGCGCAGCUGUACGCAAAAUACACAUUUGAUUUCACACAAGGUCAUUCUCUUGAAUGUCAGUAAUACAUCACAGUUUUAGAGGAUUUUCAGGUUUGUUGUCCAUAAUUUUUUUUUGUUUAUUACACAAUGCUAAGAGGGAGUUUGUUAACUUCUUCUAUAUUCUAAUUAACAAGUGAGUAAAUGAUACUGUGGGGAAAUCAGAGGAAACCCAAGUGCUCUUUAUGUCAUGAUUCAAAUUCUCUCAGAGCUUUAUUUUGGUAAGAAAUGUGUUUAUCUGAUAUCUGUACUACCUUAGAACAGUAUGAGGAGCAACAGUAUGAGCAAGACAUUUUCCACGACCAUGUGAUGUCCCUGAAUGUUGAGAUAUGUCCCAGAAAUGUGCUCAUUGUUGAGUGCAUAAUUAUAAUAGAGAUGGAUGCAAUAUAAGAGAUUGUCUAAUAUGUAAAUAUGUUUAUUGCAUACUGAAUUUAUUUCAUUGUAUCAUUUUUGUGUAUAGGGAAGUGCACAUUGCUGAAAUUGUUGAACGUGCAAUGUAGGAUUUUUAAUAAAUAG